AUGGUGUCCUGGUUUGGUCCCUUCUUUCAGGAGCUGAACGACCUGGCCAGGGACCCUCCUGCACAGUGUUCCGCUGGCCCCGUUGGAGAUGACAGUAAGGCCAAACAAAGCACUUUUAUGAGAGCUAACAUUCUCAACAUCUGAACCAUUCCUCUAACUAUCUCCUUUCUGUUUUGGCAGUGUUUCAUUGGCAAGCUACAAUUAUGGGGCCUGUAAGUAUAAUUUGUAUAGCGUUUGCUCGUUGAUGAAUUUGAAGUUGCAUGCGUUUUGGCUGGUCAGUGUGUCCUUUUGACAUUUUUGUUUCUUUUCAGAAUGACAGUCCAUACCAAGGAGGUGUUUUUUUCCUGACUAUUCAUUUCCCCACAGACUACCCCUUCAAACCACCUAAGGUAAUUAUUUCCUCUCCUGUUCCUCUGUUCUAUUAAAAUUAAUAGUUUUCUUGACGUAUGUAGAAGAUUGAGGAGUAUGGUUUCCGUUGAUCAAUAUAAUCAUAUGUUUGAUUGCUGCUCCAACCUUUUCAUUGCAGCUAGCAUUCACCACAAGAAUUUAUCACCCAAAUAUUAACAGUAACGGUAGCAUCUGCCUGGAUAUUUUGAGAUCACAGUGGUCUCCAGCAUUAACUAUCUCUAAAGGUAGGAUGUCCAAUGUUUUUCAUGCUUUGUGAUACACAUUUUUACCUUGUGACUUCAUUUAAAUUCACAUGCCUAAGAUCCACUACUAAUACUUCUUUUCAAUCUCCUUUUCAGUACUUUUGUCCAUUUGUUCACUGUUAUGUGACCCCAACCCUGACGAUCCGUUAGUGCCAGAAAUCGCCCGUAUCUACAAAACAGAUACUGAAAAGUGAGUAUACUGUAGACCCAGCUUUGUCUCCAGCUUUCACAUUUUGUUCAUAAACUGCAUACUCUAAUAAUUUGUGAAAAAAUAUGAUGCUACUUUUUGAUCCAAGACUUGCACGAGAGGUGCCAAAUGAAAGUUACAUCCUGUAAUGUUAGAUCUUUAUAAUAUAGGACUUUUCCUUCCAUGUCAGGUAUAAUAGACUAGCGAGAGAAUGGACAGACAAGUACGCUAUGCUUUAGGGUAAGACUGCCCUGCAUUGUGAAGGGAGUGGACUGUGUAUGUGUCUGUGGUGGAGCUUUAUGGGUUGUGACCAGGGGAGAAUGACUCCUCCCCCCUCUCAUUGAAGCCACGAAGUUCAAGGCCGACCACGGUACUGCAGGCAUUGUUUGCAGAAAACAAGAUCCCCCCCUCCCCCAUUAUAGUGAAGGGGAAAAUGGCAGUCUUUGGUCAAUCUUCGUGUAAAUAAAUAGACAUUUCGAAGACAAUCAUGGCACCAAUAAUUACUUCUACUACACCAGAUUUAUAUCUUGAUUAUAUUAAAAUCGGACACAGAAGUUAUAAGGAUAAUUUAGUAGCUAAUGGCAGCCUGCAGUACCCCGGUCGGCCUUCAACUUGAGAUACUCAAUGAGGGGGCAGCACUGAGCUAGCCUGGAACGUCACUUCCUGGAGUAGCUCAAACUGUGCAUGUUAUGUCUACAUAAAUCUCCGACAUGAGACGCCAUCAUAACUGACUUAUUUGACUUCAAAUGCGUGAUUGAGUCUUCAUAGGAAUGAAUGGUGUCACGUGAUUGAUGGCUUUGGCCAGAAAUUCGUUUGUGGGUGGACCUGCAGAAAUGUGGGUGGGCCCAAAUAAAACACACAAUACAGCUAACUUCCUGCAAUUCUACACAUUUUGCCAUGGGGUAGAGGGGAAACUGCCGUUUUUAUAGCUAAUCUCAUGCUAUUCUACACAUUUUGCCAUGAGGCUUUAGAGAAUUUUGCAUUUUUAAAGCUAAUUAAAGUUAAAAUAUAGGUGUGACUGUGAUAAAGGCACUGGAUUAUGAGCUGUCUUGUUUGCUAAUGAAGUAGGCAGUGGCAUGGUGCAUAUAGCCAUAGAAGCACAGUGCUUUAUGCCUCAAUGCAGUCAUGUUCUUGGCAUAUUAGGGGUGUGGCUUUCAGUUAGAUGUCAUUCCAGUGCAUUGCUUGCUAAGAAUUCUAUCUGAUGGUGUUUGCAUGUUUAGGUAAAAAUACAAAUGUCCCGUUUUUGGAACACUUGACAAGUAGAGAGCAUAAAAUAUAUAUAUAUAUAUAUACCAAACAUUAGGAACACCUUCCUAAUAUUGGGUUGCUCCCCCCCCCAAUUUGUCAGGGCAUGGACUCUACAAGGUGUCAAGCGUUCCACAGGGAUGCUGGCCCAUGUUGACUCCAAUGCUUCCCACAGUUGUCAAGUUGGCUGGAUGUCCUUUGGGUGGUGGACCAUUCUUGAUACACACGGGAAACUGUUGAGUGUGGAAAACACCAGCAGCAUUGCAGUUCUUGACGCAAACUGGUGCGCCUGGCACCUACUACCAUACCCCGUUCAAAGGCACUUCAAUCUUUUGUCUUGCCCAUUCACCCUCUGAAUGGCACACACACAAUCCAUGUCUCAAUGCUUAAAGAUCCUUCUUUAACCAGUCUCCUCCCCUUCAUCUAUACUGUUUUGAAGUGGAUUUAACAAGUGACAUCAAUGAGGGAUCAUAGCUUUCACCUGGAUUCACCUGGACAGUCUGUCAUAUAAAGAGCAGGUGUUCUUAAUGUUUUGUACACUCAGCGUGUGUGUAUAUGUGUAUGUAUAUAUGUGUGUGUGUAUAUAUAUAUAUAUAUAUAUAUAUAUAUAUAUAUAUAUAUAUAUAUAUAUAUAUAUAUAUAUAUAUAUAUAUAUAUAAUAUACUGAACAAAAAUAUAAACGCAACGAUUUCACUUGGGAGCCAGGCCCAGCCAAUCGGAAUGAGGUUUUCCCCACAAAAGGGCUUUAAUACAGACAGAAAUACUCCCCAUCCUCAGACGAUCCCACAGGUUAAGAAGCUGGAUGUGGAGGUCCUGGGCUGGCGUGGUUACACGUGGCCUGUGGUUGUGAGGCCGGUUGGAUGUACUGCCAAAUUCUCUAAAACGACAUUGGAGGCAGUUUAUGGUAGAGAAAUUAACAUUCAAUUAUCUGGCAACAGCUCUGUUUUACAUUCCUGCAGUCAACAUGUCAAUUGCACGCUCCCUCAAAACUUUAGACAUCUGUGACAUAUUUGGCCGCUCUAAAUAAAUCUGCCUCGGUGGAUGGUGGCUUGGUUCUGACAGUAUUUCCACUGUCUGAUUGUCUGUCUGUGACUGUUUGACUAUAGAAUGCCAUUUUGGUGGGACUAUGGGGGGUUUUAUGUGUGAACAUCAUGCAUCUCAAGUUCAACUUGGGUAGUUGGCAACCUGUUGCUGUGUUGUAACGCAUGGCAUUGUUCUUGAUCUUCACACCCCUUGUCUAUUGUGUAUUGAUAGUCUAUUUUUUGCUGAUUUGUUUUCUAUUUGUUCUGUCUCCACAGGUACAACAGAAUAGCCCGGGAAUGGACUCAGAAGUACGCCAUGUGA